UGGACAAGAGUGUAUAUGUUAGAAUUGUUGAAGAGCCAGCAGCUUCAGUUUUUUCUUCUUCUUCCUGCGUGGCUUUCUAAUAUGAGUAGAGACAGGAACCUCGUUUUUGCUGUUAAUGGACAGAGGUUCGAGCUCUCCGAUGUUGAUCCUUCAACCACCGUGCUCGAAUUCUUGCGGCUGCACACUGGCUUCAAGAGUGUUAAGCUCGGGUGUGGUGAAGGUGGUUGUGGAGCUUGCCUGGUGUUACUAUCAAGGUAUGAUCCUGCAAGUGACCGAGUGGAAGACUACACUGUAAGCUCGUGUCUCACACUCCUCUGCGGCAUAGGUGGGUGUUCUAUCACGACCACUGAAGGCCUGGGGAAUACCAAAGACGGGUUCCAUCCGAUCCACAAGCGGUUCUCGGGCUUCCAUGCUUCUCAGUGCGGCUUCUGCACCCCGGGAAUGUGCAUAUCUCUCUAUGGAGCUCUUGUAAAUGCCGAGAAAACCGACAGACCAGAACCGACAAAGGGAUUCUCCAAGUUGACUGUCUCGGAAGCCGAGAGGGCUAUUUCAGGAAACCUCUGUCGAUGCACCGGCUACCGCCCCAUUGCUGAUGCGUGCAAGAGUUUUGCAGCCGAUGUAGAUAUCGAAGAUCUGGGGUUGAACACUUUCUGGAGAAAAGGGGAGGACAAGGAAGCAAGUUUAAGUAGAUUACCCCCGUAUGACCAAAAUACCGAUAUCAGGGGAUUUCCCGAGUUUUUGAAAGAGGAAGUAAAGGCUUCAGACGGGUUGGGUGUUGAAAAAUGUAAUUGGUAUAGUCCUGUCACCCUUGACGAGCUCCAGUGCCUGUUUGGACAAGAUGGGAUGGAUAAAGGGCAUAGAGUGAAAUUAGUUGUCGGUAAUACAUCGGUGGGCUACUACAAGGAAAACCAGCGUUGGGAUAGGUACAUUGAUCUAAGGCACAUCCCUGAACUUCAAGUCAUCACUAAGGACAAGACAGGAAUUGAGAUAGGGGCAGCGGUGACGAUAACUAAAUCUAUCAAGGAAUUGCGGGAUUUCAGUGAAUGUUUGCCGAACCUUGACAGUGGGAAUAUAUUCAGAAGACUGGCUGAUCACGCGGAAAAGGUUGCUUCAUGGCACAUUAGGAACUCAGGUAGUUUGGGAGGAAACUUGGUGAUGGCGCAAAGGGAAAAGUUUCCUUCUGAUAUCGUCACCGUACUUCUUGCUGCGGGCUCAUCAGUGCAUAUAUUGGCUGGUUCCAAGCACGAGAUCGUUACAUUGGAUGAAUUUCUGAAGAGGCCUCCGCUGGACUCAAAGUCUCUGCUUUUGAGCGUUAAAAUCCCCAUCUGGGAAUCACGCAGCAGCAAAAUACUGUUUGAAACCUAUCGGGCCGCUCCACGGCCCCUAGGGAAUGCACUGCCCUACUUGAAUGCUGCUUUCUUGGCCGAAGUUUCUCAGUGCGAUUCCUCCAAAGUUAUUCAUAUAAAAAGCUGUCGGAUGGUAUUUGGUGCUCACGGUCAUGAACACGCUGUGCGUGCGAGAAGGUUGGAGGAAGUUUUGGUUGGAGGAAGGGCUCUCAGUUUGAGUCUGUUACGUGAAGCCAUUGAAGUGGCAAAAGAAACUGUGGUCCCAGAAGAUGGCAUAUCGAGCCCUGAUUAUCGAAGAAGCCUAGCUGCUGCUUUUGUUUUCAAGUUCCUUGUGCCCCUGAUCGAGUCCACUGCUCCGAUGACCAAGUACCUUGACGGCUAUGCUAAUUACAGUCUGGCCAAGGAUAUAAAGCAGGAUAGGAAGCAGCUUGAAGAUGUUGCCGCCCAGCUAUCAUAUGGGAAGCAAGUAAUCGAAGUGGAUAAGCAAUAUUCUCCGGUCGGGGAACCCGUCAAAAAAUCCCUAUCCACGAUCCAAGCUUCUGGUGAGGCUGUGUAUGUGGAUGACAUUCCUUCUCCAACCAACUGUCUCUAUGGAGCUUUCAUAUAUAGCACGAAGCCUCUCGCAAGAGUGAAAGGAAUCAGAUUUUCACCUCGCUUACCUAAAGAUGCAGUAAUUUCGGUCGUUUCCUUCCUAGAUAUUCCAGCAGGUGGAGAAAAUCUUGGCUCACGAACUGUAUUAGGGAAUGAAGCUUUGUUUUCUGAUGAGCUUGCUCAUUGUGCUGGUGAUCGUGUCGCCUUUGUGGUCGCAGAGAGUCAGAAGAAUGCAGAUUUGGCAGCAGAAGCUGCGCUUAUUGAUUAUGACACGGAAGAUUUGGAACCACCGAUUUUGUCCGUAGAAGAUGCUGUUGAGAGAUCAAGCUUCUUUGAGGUUCCUUCUUUUCUCCAGCCCAAGCAAGUUGGCAACUUCUCAGAAGGGAUGGCAGAAGCCGAUCACAAGAUCCUUUCAGCUCGGAUUCAGCUCGGGUCUCAGUACUACUUUUACUUGGAGAAUCAGAGUGCACUUGCUAUUCCUGACGAAGACAACUGCAUGGUGAUCUAUAGUUCGAUGCAGUGCCCUGAAUUUCUACAUGGCACUGUUGCAAGAUGUCUGGGAGUUCCUGAACAUAAUAUUCGUGUCAUAACGAGAAGAGUCGGCGGUGGAUUUGGUGGAAAGUCUAUGAGGUCCAUGCCAGUUGCGACGGCCUGUGCAGUUGCAGCUCAAAAACUGAACCGUCCUGUCAGGACUUAUCUCAACCGGAAAACUGAUAUGAUACUGGCUGGAGGGAGGCAUCCAAUGAAGAUAACUUACAGCGUCGGAUUCAAGUCAAAUGGGAAGAUCACAGCUCUGCAUCUCGACGUACUAAUCAAUGCAGGGCUCUCUGCUGAUAUCAGCCCCAUAGUUCCCCAGAACAUAGUGGGCGCGCUCAAGAAGUACAACUGGGGCAGCCUGUCCUUUGAAUUUAAAGUAUGCAAGACAAACCAUACCAGCAAGUCGGCUAUGCGGGCCCCAGGGGAGGUCCAGGGGUCGUUCAUCGCAGAGGUUGUGAUCGAACAUGUGGCGUCUGCCCUCUUGAUGGAACCUGAUGCUAUCAGAAACGUUAAUAUCCACACAUACGACAGCCUCAGCUUGUUCUACGGGAGCAAUGCUGCUGGUGCCCCGAAGGAUUACACAGGGCCCUCGAUAUGGUCAAAGUUGGACUCGUCCUCCGAUCUGGCACGACGGGCUGAGGAAGUAAAGGAGUUCAAUAUACAUAAUAAGUGGAUAAAAAGGGGGAUUUCUCGAGUGCCUGUUGUUUAUGAAGUGACAGUGAGACCUACUCCUGGAAAGGUCAGCGUGUUGAGUGAUGGGUCCGUGGUUGUGGAAGUCGGAGGGACUGAGCUAGGCCAGGGGCUGUGGACUAAAGUAAAGCAGAUGGUGGCAUUUGGUCUGGGUUUGAUCCAAUGCGAUGGGCCAAUGGAAUUGUUGGAGAAAGUUCGGGUUGUACAGACCGAUACCUUGAGUGUAAUUCAAGGUGGCUGGACUGCAGGUAGCACGACUUCAGAAGCGAACUGUCAGGCGGUUAAGCUCUGUUGUGAUACUCUGGUCGAGAGGCUGCGUCCUCUAAGGGAUAGCCUGCGCGAGCAAAUGGGAUCUGUUACUUGGGAGGUGCUGAUUGAACAGGCAUAUUUGCAGUUUGUCAGCUUGUCAGCAAGUGCUUUCUACUGUCCGGAAUCGAUUUUGAUGCGGUAUCUCAACUAUGGCGCUGCCGUGAGCGAGGUUGAGAUAGAUGUUCUGACUGGAGAAACGACAAUACUUCGGUCCGAUAUUAUUUACGACUGUGGGAAGAGCCUCAACCCUGCAGUCGAUUUAGGGCAGAUCGAGGGUGCAUUUGUUCAAGGAAUCGGAUUCUUCAUGCUCGAAGAAUAUACUACAAAUUCUGAAGGGUUGGUAAAUACCAAUGGCACAUGGACAUACAAAAUCCCGACGUUAGACACUAUACCUAGAGUGUUUAAUGUCGAAGUUCUGAACAGCGGCCAUCAUAAAGGACGGGUUCUUUCCUCUAAAGCUUCGGGAGAGCCACCUCUGCUCCUAGCAGCUUCCGUUCACUGCGCGACGAGAACAGCGAUCAAAGAAGCAAGGAGACAGUUACUCUCAUGGAGCGGCAUGGACACAACCGAUUCGCCAUUCCAGUUGGAUGUCCCAGCGACCUUGCCCAUCGUCAAGGGUCUUUGCGGGCUAGACAGCAUCGAGGGGUACUUACAUUGGAGGAUGUCCGGGAAGUGAAUCGAGAAAGAUAAGCAUACUGGAAAACUUGCAUGGGACAUGGACGUUGAGAUCUUUUCAAUUUGAUGACUGGAUGCCGUGUGGGAUUGGAUGUAUACUUCAAUAAGCAUACGGUGUAAGAUAGAGCUGCAUAUAUAUGCACGCUGAUUCCUUUUUCGUAAUGCAUCAGCGUUC